AUGCAUGAUCUGGUACAUGAUCUUGCAUUAGAUGUGUCUCAAAAAGAGUGUAAAACAGUGAAUUCGGAAACAGAAACGGUUGAUGAAAAUAUUCGACAUUUAUUAUUAUGUGAUGAGAAGUUGGUUGAAGUUCCACGUGUUUUGGAGGAAAUGAAAAAUGUUCAAACACUAAUCGUCCAAGAUGGUUCAAUGAGAUCAAAGAUUGUUGAUAAAUCUCUUAUAAAUCUUUGUUUCUCCAAUUUCAAGUAUCUACGAGCAUUAAAAUUAAGGAAGUCACCAUUGACGGCUUUACCGAAGUCCAUUGGUACCUUGAAGCACUUACGAGACCUUGACUUGGGCCGAUGUAAGGAUAUAAGUGAACUUCCGAAGUCUUUUUAUAAGCUUCGCAGCUUGCAAUGGUUAGAUUUGGGAGUUAGUAGUUUGAAGCAGUUGCCUGACAGCGUGCAAAGGUUGAUUGAGCUUAGACAUCUUGUAAUAACCAUUGAGGCUAAGCAUUUAAAAGAAAUACCAGCAGGAUGUUGGACUUAUCUUCAAUACUUGGAAUUGAGGACCUGUAUGGAAUUAGAAUGUUUACCUGAAGGCAUGCAGUAUCUGAAGUCACUUCGGACACUUGUCCUGAGUAACUGUUAUAAACUUGUCUCAUUGCCACGGAGCCUGAAAUUCCUAACCAAGUUAGAACACCUUCAAAUAGUUUCUUGCCUUGAAAUGAAUUUGAAAAUGGAACCACAAGAGGAAGAAGACAAAGACCUUCAGUUAAGCCUUAAAACUCUCUCACUCGUUAAUUUACCUGCUUUAACAGAUUUGCCACGAUUGCUUCUUCAAGGAUCUUCUUCCACUUUGCAGCAAUUACAAAUUAAGUUCUGUCAACAUUUGUCCGUUCUACCAGCAUGGCUACUGAAUGUCACUUCUCUUCAUAAACUUGAGAUUGAGAACUGCUCAAAUUUGUCAGCUCUACCGGAGGGAAUAGACCGCCUCACCAACCAAAGAGAAUUAAGAAUUCACCAAUGUCGGAAGUUGAGCAAAAGAUACAGAGAAAAUGGGGGUUAA